AUAGCUCCUCUCUUCCUCGCUCCAUUGGCUCACGGUACAACCAAUAAACAUCGCCCGAGUGGAUGGAUAGAAUGGCCGCUUCUUCCACUCUGCUUCUCUUGUGCUCACUCCUGCUCUGCUCCUACUCCUUCGCAGCUGCCCCCAGGAAGCUUGUCCUGGUGCAGCAGCCACCCCUCGUCCUCAAGUACCACAAUGGCCCGCUCCUUAGGGGUAACUACACCCUGAGCCUGCUCUUCUACGGCCGUUUCUCUGCCGCCCAGCGUUCCAUCGUCGUCGACUUCGUUCGCUCCCUCACCCCCACCGGGGCCUCCCUCCCGCCUCCCUCCGUCGCCUCCUGGUGGCGCACCACCGCCAGCUACGCCGGCGGCGACGUGCACCUCUCUCUCGGCCCGCAGCUGCUGGACGAGUCCUACUCCAAGGGGAAGCUGUUAUCCUCCUCCGACAUCGCCGCGCUGGCCGGAAAGGCGGCGGCCGGGGGCGGGCACCGGGCCAUUGGGGUGGUCGUCACAGACGGCGACGUGGCGGUCGAAGGAUUCUGCUCCAGCCGGUGCGGGACGCACGGGCGGCUCGCGGGCUCCGCCGGGUUCGUCUGGGUGGGCGACUCGGCGAGGCAGUGCCCGGGCCAGUGCGCGUGGCCAUUCCACCAGCCGAUCUACGGGCCGCAGGCGCCGCCGCUGGUGGCGCCCAGCGGCGACGUGGGGAUGGACGGCGUCGUCAUCAACCUGGCGACGCUGCUGGCGGGCGCGGCAACCAACCCCAACGGCGACGGCUACUUCCAGGGGCCGGCGGACGCGCCGCUGGAGGCGGUGACGGCGUGCACGGGGGUGUUCGGCAGCGGGGCGUACCCGGGGUACCCGGGCAAGGUCCUGGUGGACCCCACGAGCUGGGCCAGCUAUAACGCGAGGGGACUCGGAGGGAGGAAGUACCUGCUGCCCGCCAUGUGGGACCCCGUCACGUCCCAGUGCUCCACUUUAGUCUAAAGAUUCGCGCAUCGUGAUCACAGUGGCCUUCUCUAGCGUUUAAGGUGGUGUCGUCUCUGUUCGCAGUCUAUACAACUGUUGUAGAAGUGAAUAAGGUUAAGGGGAAGGAAAAGAAAGGAAGACGAGGGAAGAGAUAGCGAGAUGUUGUUAUAUAUUGUCGAAAGGUUAUAUAUGUCUGUUGUCAGCAUGAAUAUGUAGUACAGUAUAAUACAAGAUUUGUGUUAUGUAAACCACAGAUUGAUACA